UCAGUUAUAAUUUUACAGCUUGUCGUUCAGGUUCUCGCAGCGGAAGACUUUUUGAAUAUGGUUAUCAACUUCGCCGCCGGCCCAGCCAAGUUACCCGAAGAGGUCUUGAAGGAAGUGCAGGCCAACUUGCUCAACUGCAAUGGCAGCGGUAUUUCAGUCAUGGAAAUGUCACAUCGCUCCAGCAAUUAUGCAAAAAUACAUGAUGCAGCGCUUGCCGAUCUGCGUGAGCUGUUGAAGUUGCCUAAAAAUUACAAGGUGCUGCUUAUGCAAGGCGGCGGCACUGGCCAGUUUGCAGCAGUGGCUCUUAAUCUCAUUGGACGCACAGGCACGGCAGAUUACGUCAUCACGGGCUCGUGGUCCGCUAAGGCUGCCAAGGAAGCAGCUCAAUACGGCAAAGUUAAUACGGUCGUGCCAAAAGUGGAUAGGUACAUAGAUGUUCCCAGGCAAGAGACCUGGAAACUAGAUCCGAAUGCAUCCUACGUUUAUUAUUGCGACAAUGAGACUGUCGAUGGCGUUGAGUUUGACUUUGUACCUCAGCUGCCGACAGAUGUGCCCUUGGUAUGCGACAUGUCAUCCAACUUUCUGUCCAGACCCAUUGAUGUCAACAAGUUUGGCGUUAUCUUUGCCGGCGCACAAAAGAACAUUGGGCCAUCUGGCGUAACAGUUGUUAUAGUGCGCGAGGAUCUCAUUGGCAAGCAUCUGAAGAUAACACCAUCUGUGCUAAACUUUGAACUGAUGGAUAAGAACGAUUCACUCUACAACACACCGCCCACUUUCGGUAUAUAUGUAAUGGGACAGGUCUUCCAGUGGAUCAAACGCAAUGGUGGCGUAGCAGGCAUGUGCGAGCGCGCUAAGGCCAAGUCAAAGCUUAUCUAUGACAUUAUCGACAAGUCCAAUGGCUUCUACAUCUGUCCAGUGGCGUCACGUGCCCGCUCACACAUGAACUUACCUUUCCGUAUUGGCAGCGCCACUGGUAACGAGGCGCUGGAAAAGGAAUUCCUGACAAAGGCCGAGUCACAGGGCAUGAUUCAGCUGAAGGGCCAUCGUUCGGUGGGCGGCAUACGGGCCUCUCUCUAUAAUGCCAUCACGCUCGCAGAGACACAGCAGCUGGCCAAGCUCAUGCAGGCUUUCUAUGAAAAUAAUAAAAACUAAACAGUUUGCCUCUUGGUGCACAAUCA